GGCUCGCUGGUACAAAUAUCCGUUUAUUCGGCGCGUGCGCUCAUUCGCGUACAACCUGCCGUUGCAAACUCACCAAUAAUUGCAUUCAGUUUUAACCGACAUACACAAUGAAAGUGAUAUUAGUUUUCUUGUUUUGUGUUGUUUGUGCGUACGCUAGAGUGACGCCGGACUACUUCCCAUCAUGCAAGAGAAGCGAUCCUCAAAUCGAGAAAUGUGUUCUCGAUGGCCUGGAAGCCAUGAGACCGCGUCUGAGGGAAGGUAUACCUGACGUGAACAUCCCUGCCCUAGAGCCCUUCACCGUACCGACCCUGAAGCUCGACAGGACUGCUCCUAAUCUAAGGUUGAAGGCAACUGUCAAGAACGCGAAGGCAUACGGCGGCAGCGACUUCAAGAUUGAGAAACUGAAACUGAACCUGAACAACAAAUAUGCUGGAGAGCUGAAGCUGACGCUGCCCAGGCUGAUGGUGGUCGCCAACUACGACGUGAAGGGAUCCAGACUCCUCGUGCUGGACAUCAACGGCAAGGGACGCCUGCGUGGAAACUUCACUGGCAUCACAGUCCUAGCGAAGGGUAUCGCGAAGCCCAUCUCCAGGGAUGGUGCGGAGUACUUGCAGGUCGACAAGAUUGUCUCCAAAGUCAGGAUCAACCACGCACACAUUGCCAUCGACGACAGUGAGCGGCCGCAAGCUGCGGCAUCAGCAGUGUCAUUCUUCAACGCCAGCCCCAACGUGGUACUGGACAUCCUAAACCCUCUGAUCGAGGAGACCGCAGCUGCAGUCAUCAAGGCCUUCGUGAACAAAGUCCUGGGCAGUAUACCCAUCAAUGAAGUGUUGACAGAUGACGAUACUCCUGCCGCAUAAACUGUAGGUUACGAUACAUAGGUUUUAUUUAGUUUUUGAGAGGUUGUUUGAAAAGGUGAAUUUUUAAUUGGUGGUCUCGUAUGAAGUUUGACUUAAAAUGUAUCUUGGGUAGGUGAUGCAUUUAUUAAACAAGCCAAUAUCUGAUUGGCAGUCGGAGAACAGUGUGUAUGAGUUUGCUUUACAUAUAAAAGGAAUCGAAACGAGAGCGCGUUCGGCGCUCUGAUUGGUUGGUUUAUUAGAGCCAGCUAAAGUAAAGCAAAUUCGUACUAACAUCAGAAACAUGGAGAUUUUAAUAAUAAUUUCUGAGAUUUGCUGGAUUCAAUCCGUUGGAAGCUCAGGUUUAAUAGAAACGUUUUAUAAAGUAAAUAAAGUACCUACUUAAUACAGACUUAUAAGUACAUAUACCUAGUAUUUAUCAAAAAGUAAAGCCAUAAGUAAAAUGAAGUUUAUUGAUGACUAUAAAAUGUACCCAAUUAGCUCUUUUACUGUCGUUCCUAAACAACCGUUUUAUUGAUGACUCAUUAUAAAGUGUAUGAAGUGUACUUAAUGAUAUGUUACUUCAUAUACUUAGUAUGACUACUUAUGUAACACCUCUCACUUAGUGUUAGUCUAGUUAAGAAAUAGGCGAUAGAAUAUUUAUUGAUUACAAAAACAUAUUGUUACAUUGUCAAGGAUUGCUUUAGUGUGAAGCUGUGAAUAUCAUGACAUAGAUAAUAGAUAUGUGUGUGUGUAUAGAUUUAUAUUUCUACUAAAGCUUUUGCCUGUCUAGGCACAAAACACACACACACACACACACACAUUACCAGCCUAUAAGUGGCCACUGCUGACCAAAUGCCUCUUCUCCCACAGAAGGUUUGAGCAUUAAUCACCACGCUUGCUCAAUGCGGGUUGACGAUUUCAAACUUAUAAUUAGAAAUUAUAAGCCCAGAUUUCCUCACGAUGUUUUUCUUCAUCGUUUGUCAGUGGUGUCUAAAUAAUUUCAGAAAGUACAUUAUAUAACUCGUAAAUAGGCACAUUGGUACUUGCCGUUUGUAUAUUUCGAACAUGCACAUUGCACAUUCAUGCAUGAGAAGUACGAAACAUCUGGGCACAAAAGUAUAAGAAAUGAUACUAAACUUUCUUCAGGCGUCAUACUAUCCAUAUGUGAUUAGAACUGUAAAAAUCCAGUCCAGCAGUUUCUGAGUUUGUCGCGUUCAUAAGUGUUAGGGACUUUCUUUCAUAAAAUGUAUAGUUUUUAAGUAUCGUAUUAGACAUUUACACUGUGUUGAUAUAUUGUGUUGUAACUGAAGAGUCCAAAGCUAGAUUGUUUGUGUACUACAUACUACCAAACUACUAAACAGAAUUGUAUAGAUUUUUUCAUCAACGUCGUUUGUAAGGUAUUAAAUAAAGAAUUGUACCUGGAAUUUGAUGAAGGCUGUCUAAUUAGGAUUAAGGAUUGUAAAUAAAAUGUAUAAUUUACCACUG